CUCAACCAGCACUCGUCCCGCUCGCACGCGGUGCUCUCCGUCUACCUCGACGUGGCCGACUCGGCCGAGGCGCCGCCCGGCCGGUACGGCCGCCUCUCGCUCCUCGACCUCGCCGGCUCGGAGAACGUCCGCGCGUCGCAGUCGAGCGGCGGCGGCCUCAAGGAGGCGGGCGCCAUCAACCGCUCGCUCUUCGCGCUCGCCCAGGUCAUCAAGUCGCUCUCGCUCGGCCCGGGCCGUGGCCCGCCGCACGUGCCGUACCGCGACUCUGUCCUCACCAAGCUGCUCGCCGACUCGCUCGGCGGCAGCGCGCACACCCUCAUGAUCGCCACCGUCUCACCGCUCGCCGCGUACCUCGACGAGACUGUCAGAACGCUGCACUACGCGUGCUCGGCCGGCGCGAGCCACAGCCGGCCGGUGGUCGAGAGCGCGAAAUAG